GCCCCCACAAUAUCGACCAAUAAUACAAAAAAAGGGCUCGCUCUUCGCACUUUGCAUCAUGCCGUCGAGCCCCUUGUAUGCUGUAUGUGCGUAGUCCCGAGGCCUCCAGGGACACCCUGAGGCCCCCACAUACAAUCAUACAAAAGCGUCGCCAUGGGUCCAUACGUUACGCUGUACGGGGAGGAGGAAGGGAGGCAGGAAGGGAGGGCGCAACAGAAACCCACACAAGACAUGCAUUCUCGGUGUUGUUGUGUACAUCUCGUCGCCCGCCGGCAUAAAAAUAUCGUGCCCCGUGCACUUGCGGGUGAAGGCCGACUGUGCUUUUGGCAUGCCCCUUAAUUGUGAUUGAGAGAUAGAGAAAGAGAGAUCGGCAGAGCGAAGCCUCGAUGGAUCGAGUGGUAACUCGAUUGGUCGAUGGAUCGGUGUAGUGUCACUGAUCGAGUGAGUGAGUGAGUGAGUGAAUGAAUCACUGAAUGAAUGAGCCAGGAGUUGAUGGAGAGCUCAAGAAGAGUAUAUAGGCAUGGGCCGGGAGUACAUUCGAACUGCUGUGCAUGCCGACCCGGCGAAGUCCGGCCGUGAUGGCAAGUGAGGGAGAGAGAUUGUGUAUGGGACACACUUUGCGUGUCUGAGACUCAGCAGAACUUCACGAUCUUCGUGACUUACGCUUUCGGGGAUUCCUCCCGCCUCGUUUUAUUAUGCUAUUUAAUUUCAUCGCUCUGGUCGAGACGAGAGGUUAGGGAAGGAACGAAGGCAGUAGGAGUUCAGUCGGGAGUACUGGUUCCUGAGCAAAAUCCCAGACAAAGGAAUCUCCGUCAUCUGUAUCUGUCCAUCUGUCAAGCAAACCCAGCACCCAUGACGCUGUUUACAGCUAAUCCACCGAUGAAUUCGAAGCAGUCCACUACCACCGAGUCUCCUAUUCUUGCUUCUAGCCGAGCGAGUGGUAGUAACCGACAGAUUAGUCGUGGUAGUCGUCGUGUGACCCGCAUUCGUCAGAGCAGAUGUCAAUGCGCUUGACCAUAAUGAGGUUCUGCAUCGUUCUACAGGCUCUUGUAGCCAGCCUAUUAGUCCGGUAGCUGCUGUGCAUGCAUGUUCAUGGAGUUUUGGAUGUUAAUGGCGAUAAUUUCAGACAGAUUAAGUCCAGUUUCAGACGAGAGUGGCGGCCGAUAGCUCGUCAUUGCUAGACAGUAUGAUCCCGCACUCAAAAACCUCGGAUCCGGACGGCGGGCCUGCCUUGGCGCAAAGGAGCGAGCGAAUGCUGAGAUGGAAGUCGAGAGAGAACUUCACGGAAUUGAACUUCGAGCAGGCGAGUGCCGAAUCAGAUGCUGAUCGCAGCAACGUCUCGCAGCAGCAGGAGCAGGAGCAGCAGCAAGGGCAGUCGCAAGCUGGGCCGAGACAAAGUGGGUCUCCUUCCAGAAAUGGAAAGCCCGGAGUCCCGUAUGUUCGUCCUGAAUCACCGUCCAGGAGAGGCGAGUCGGUCCGCCGCAGAGCAUCGAUCGACUUCGACUCGUUGGAGUCGUCUUCUGAGAAAUACACGAGCCAGUUCGAUCCCAGUCUCGUUGUCCCUUCCUUCCGCGAGCUUUUGAACCACCCUCCAGCUGCAGCUGCAGCUACAGCUCCGAGAGACAGGAAAUCUCAGUCCCCCAAACGGAGCGCUGGUGCAUUUGCAGCUGCUGCUGCUGAUGGGAAGGACUCCAGGAGAGUCGCAGGCAUUUCCAGCACUGGCGCUGCUGCUGCGGAAGAAUGGAAGAGCAGAAAAGGGUCGAAGAGCUUGAUCAAGCCCGAGGAGAGGUCUCAGAUUUUGAAAGCGCGCAAGUUGCUGGAGUUUCGUUCCAGUGCCGUCAAGGCCCCUCAGGAUGAUGAUACUGCUGCUGCAGAAGCUGACGCCACGAGGAGGAGCAGGAGGCCAGAGCCCGGAGAUGCCUUCCGAGACCAGACGAUGACGACGACCUCAUCCGGUCAUAAUAAGCACGACAUUCGUCUGCAGCAGCUGCGGAAAUCUGAUUCCGCUACAUUGCCGGCUCCUGCUGACGACUCGAGCUCGUGCGAGUUCAUAGACCUCGCAGAUAUGGCCAAGGAGAUGGUCAAUGCCAGCACCAAAUCCUUCAGACCGACCACCUCCUCCAUGCUCUCACCGAGAAAUGGCUACGAAAAUGUCUACUUCUCUCCGAGGAGUGACAAGUUUAGGAAUCAGAUUCUGCAGCAACAAGGCGGAGGAGGAGGAGGAGGAGCUGCUGGCGAUGCAGCGAAAUGUCAGCGAUCGUCUCCAAGAAUCGAGUUCAGCGGUCUGCUGUCCACGGGCGACAGCGGCUUCCAAGUCAGGGAGACAUCAUCGCCUCGGUCGAGAGACAAGGAAUUAUCGUCACCUCAGAUCCGAGCUCGGAACGCUUUUUUGGAGAGACUGCACGGGGAGAGAGGAGGAGGAGGAGGAGGAGGCCAUGGACGCUCGGACUCGAUGAGCCUGCACACUCCUCCUGCUCGUGAAUCAUCGGCGGGCGUUCACUCGAGCGUCAGGCGAGGGGAGCCACAAUCGCAGUCGGCUCGGUACGCUUCGCCGGCGGCGGCGGGCCAAAGAACUUCUGAUUACGGAUCCCCCAGAGCUCCUCCCAGAGGCUCGACAGCCAAAGCUGUGGCGUACUCGAGCUUACCCCAUCACGGCCUGCGGAGGGUUUUGGACUCCACGGCCAGAACCUCGGGCCUGUCGCUCUCGUGCCGAAGGGCCUCCAUAGCCGACGACGUUUUCGAAGAGAGGGAAGCUUCUCCCCAUUACUAUCCGUCCCACGUCGCCACUGCGAGCAGAGGGUGCCGACCUUCUCCAUUGAAGCAAAGCGCAUCGGCUUCCUCCGACGAGAGGGGCAGCUCGAGAGGUGUCCACGAGAAAGGGCAGCAGGGUCAUCGAGUCCCCAGGCCUCCUCCUGGUGGUGGUGCUGCUGCUGGAGGCGAUCAGUCCAUAAAAGCAUUGGUGCUGAGGAAUUCCAAGCAGGCCCCUGCGCGACCUCCAUCUCCUGCCAAGAGCUUCAAGAAGUGGGUGGCCAGCCAGUUCCAUUUCGGAGGUCUGGGGAAGAAGAACAAGGAUGGAGUUCAGAAGCUAUCGCCUCUGACCUCGCCCGAUUCCCAGCAGCAGAUUCAGAGGGCUGCAGCUGAUGGAAGAUCCUCGGCGUCUCCUUGGACCGUGAAGCUACCAGCGGAGCUGCUUGGAAAUGUGGCGAGGAAUACGAGUCCAGCUGCUGCUCAUCGUCUUCCGAAGCCUCCUCCUGCUGCUGAUUCGGGCGCUGAAAAUGGCGGCCUCGAAAGGUCGCGCCUCAGUACCAGCAGCGCGCAGUCGAUCGAGAGCAAUGGCAAGGACGGAUCGUCGCGCCGUCACGAGAAGAAGAGCUCGCAUCGGCAUCUUCACGAUCAGAGUGGUAGCACGAGGUCGCCUGCGAACCCUUCUGGUCCACUGAAGUUCCAGGGACUCCAGAGCCUCUUUGCCACAGACGCAGCAUCUCCAAAGCCUCCGAUCUCUUCCCACGAGGCAGAUUCAGACCAAGCCCAAACAGACACUGAUGGCCAACCCAAGCGGACGAUGAAAUUCCUCGAAUGUCCUGAGAUAGCAGAUCUGAACGAGUUCCUGAGAGCGAAGAGGGAGUGCUACUCGUCUUGCCAGACGAACGGCAAAGGAUAUCUGAAAUUCAUCUCGACUGAACAUCCCACUGAUGAGAUUUAUAGUAUUGUAAGGGCAGAAAUCCUCGACAAGACGAAUAUCAUCCAUAUUCGAACUCAACUUUCUCGAAAAUCAGAUAUUGGCUCCAUGGUUUCGGCGAUAUGCUACUCGUACUUUCUGGAGAAGAGGCCUAAUGGGCCCGGAAGAUGGAACGUUGUGCCUCUGAUCAACUUUCCCCGCUGGCAAAUGAAGGAUCAUCUGGACGCUGCAUGGCUGUUCAAUGUCAGUGGCCUCGAUGUGAAGGCACUUCUUUUUGCAGACGAGGUGGACUUUGAAGGGUUAUCGAAGGUGGGCACGACAACGAGGACAAUGUUGGUCGGUGAACAUGUCUUAAAGAAGAACGAUGAGGUCGGAUCAUGCUGCACUCUUCUGGCUGAGACUAUCGUGCGAGAAGCUGAGCCUCUUUGGUCACGGUCAAGCCCAUUUCUCAAGACACUGUUGCUGUCAGGUUUGCUGAUGGAUACAGACAACUUGAGCAAGUCGUCGACUUCCACGAGCCGUGACCACCAAAUGCUUUUGAACCUGUCCACAGGAGCAGGCCCCUUGGGCCGAUUCGGUCUAUUUGAUCGCAUGAGAACGGUGUAUUCAGAUCCGGAGGUUCUAAAAAUGGCCAAAAAAUACUACGGGAUCACGGAGGAACAAUGUACAGAUGCGUCCCGUCCCGCUCCUCCUCCUCCUCCUCCUCCGGCACGCAAAGCCAAAAAGUCCAACGAAACGAAACUACUCUCGCCCAAAGGCAGCCCUCUUUUCAGCAGCGAGGCGGAUGACAACUCCAGAUCCUCCGGCUCGCCGACCUCCAAUUCUUCUUCGUCUGAGAGAAGCCGCUCCAACAGCCCCGCCACCAUCCAUCCCACUGACAAACCUCAACCCCGGAGCUUACUCAGCAGACUGCCCACAGGGGAUGAAUAUGGUGAUGCAGACGCACACAAGCCUCCUUUGCAAGGGAUAGUUGCUACGACGAGAAAGUCCGCAGUCGCCUACUAAUGUAGCUCCGUAGCACUGGGCCGCCCCUGGGGCCGGCGUCAGCCCACAGUGAACACGCGGCAAUUUCAGUGACCUAUGGUCUUCGAUUGUACUUGCGCUUCUGUGGCCGCUGUUGACUUUCUGCACACGGCUCCAGAUCAGAUUUGGCCAGCAGCUCCCGGAGUAGGAAAAGAUAUUGUGAAAAGCUCACCAUCAGCUAAUUGAUUAAACAUGCUCCCAUCGCUAGCUCCCAUCCCCAGUGCCCGACUGUCCCUGCACCAUUGCUCCCAAUCUACCGACUGCCUGCUUGCCUGCCUGCCUACGGUCGCAGUCUGAUUCGAUUAUCACAACACGACGACGACAUGAGGAUAACAUGCGAGACGGGGAUCAUGACCGCACUCAUCUGUUUCUCGAAUUCCCUCAUCCUUCCGCAACAAACCCUCCCCUCCCUCGUUCCUCGUGGAAUCUUUGGCCAUACUGUGUCUAAUGUAUCAUGUAAUCGACUUCGAUACUCAGUAUAUUAGCAAUCAGCGGUCGCCGUCACGGCGAUGUCACACUCCCCCCACCGUGCAGAAUCUUUUCCGUCGACUUCGACAUUCCAACUGCAGGGCCAGGCAUACUGUACGGUGCAUGUACUGUAUUGUUAUACGAGAAACACUUGUCAACUGCAGUAUGUACAGUGUCCACAUCCUUCUAGUACAGUAUGUGCCUCUGACGGGACCUUAACAUCAUCAUUUGUAAUAUUUUAAUAACUCCCUCAAUAAACAAAGGGACAUAAAAUUGUCUAUAGCCCAAUAUUUGUAGACUGUUUCACUAGCUGGUGAGAUUGGCCUGGUGGGGGAUAUACUAGUGAGAACGUAC